UUUUUUAUGGAUACACACGUAUACCAUCAUACUAAAAAAAUUUAAGAUUCUAACCGGUUAUAAUUGUCAACAAUAAAUAUUUACAAAUGAGAAUGGCUCCAAGAAAUGACAAGGAGACAGUUGUUUUCGUAACAAACGUAGGAGUUUAUAAUAAUAUAAAGGUUGAUGAGCAAUUUGUUCUGAAAUCAAAGAUGAUUAUGAAAUAUAUUAUUGAAAAAAAGAUUUUUAACCGACCUAAAGAUGAAAUUGGGAUUGUAUUGACAGGUGUGGAAUUCGGUGUAAAUGCAUUAGAUUUAGAACAUGUAGAAGAUUAUCAUGCAAUAGAAAUACCAACUUUUAAUAUGGUUCAAAAAGUUCUUGAAAUUACUGCUUCUGAUUGUUUUUUUACCAAUUGGAUUGAUGGAGUGCGAGCAGCAGUAGAAUUAAUACAACGUCAAGCUGGAGAAUCCGUACGUACUACAGUUAUUUUGAUUUCUGAUUGCCCCAACACGAAUGAACUCAAUGAGAAUACCAGAGUUGAUUUGAGUAAUACUAUUGUUGACAAAACAAUUCAAUUUCUAUGGAUAGGAUCCAAGGAAUUAAAUGAUCUUUCAGAAAAUGAUUUAAACGAGAGUGAAAAGAAGUUGAUGAACUUUUGCAGUUUGGUUUUAGGGACGUACAUGUCAUUCUCACAUGUCUUAUCAAAACUAGAAUUCUACGGAACAACUACAACUAAUCCAACAGCUUGGAAGUGUAACUUGGAGAUAGGUGAAUUGCGAAUUCCAACGGCAAUAUAUCUUCAAAUUUUAGAAAAUGUUCCAACAAGAAACAAAUGGGCCACAAUCUCCGUAAAUCACAAAUCUAAUGGUGAAACAGAAUUACUUCCUGUGAAUAAAAAUUUGGCACUAGUUGAUCGUCAUCGAGAAGAACAUAACAAAGAAGAAAUUAUUAAAGGAUUUAUGUUUGGAAGAACAUUCAUUCCACUUUCCGAUGAAGAUAAAAUGAUGAUUAGAAAUACAACAGGACCAAGAUCAUUAAAAUUAUAUGGAUUUACUCAUGAAAGAAAUGUCUCAGUAGAACAUCGUUGUGGUAUAAAAACCAAUAUUAUGGUUCCUUGGGAGGGUGGAGAGAAAGAGUUUUUCAGCUUAGUCAAAGCAAUGGCAGAUUUAAAUUAUGUGGGUUUGGUUAGAAAAGUUCAUACUGAAAAUUCAACACCAUCAAUCCAUGUCCUGUAUCCACAAAUAAGUGAUGAUGGAUUAAAACCUUGGUGUUUUAUAAUGCACGAGCUUUUAUAUGCUGAAGAACGAGCAAUAGUAGAACCAAGAUCCUACGAAAUAAUACUUAAAUCACUCAAUCAACAACAAUUAGAUUCAGUUGAUAGUUUACUAGACAACAUGAUGUUAGAACCCACAGUUCUACUUGAUAGUGUUGAAAAAUUAUAUGAACCAGGAACGGUUUCAUCUCCAGACAUUCAACACAUAUGGAAUGUUAUAUCGCAUCGAGCAUUAAAACCAAAUGACCCUCUACCAGAUCCUACUAUGUCUAUUUUGAAGCUAAUAUUACCUCCAGAUCGAAAUAACGAGACUGAUGUUGCAGAUAGUGUUACUAAUAUUGUUUCUCUAUUCGAUUUAAGUAAAGAACCAGAAUAUCCUCCUAUCGAAAAUAUUUCUACGCAAAGAACUCAAGCUACUACUCAAAAGUCUGCUCCUACUGUGCCUGAUGAAAAUCUUCCACCUCAAAUGGAUGUUGAUUUAGAUGCUUUGUUCGAUGACUGAACUUUAAAAAAGUGGAUUUUAUAUUAUAAAUCUUUGUCAAUCAACGAAGUGAAUAUAUUUUUUAAUUAAUUAUUAUUAAUCGUACUAAAUAAAAAAUUUCAUUUAUUUUUUACUCAAGUUU